AUGCCAGUCCUUCGCCUUUACUUGGACGGGGAGGCAGACCCAAAGCCAGACUACCAUCUGACCAGGGCUUCUCUGGAGCACCUGAUGGCAGUCACCAGUAGCCAGCAGGACCAUGGAUGGGGCCACUAUCUUGAGGUGCUAGUAUUUGUGUUUUGGCUUGCCAGUGCCACCUCUUACCGUGUUGUGUCACGGAGCUUUGACAUACCCCGUACAGCAGUCCACGAUAUGGUCCACAAAGUCUCCAAAAAGCUGCUCAAGAUUAAAAAUCAGGUAAAUUGUUUCCCAUCUGCCGCUGAGCUGGAGGACAUAGGAAACAGAUUUGCUCGUCUUGCAGGGUCCCCUGCGUUCUCCAAGGUAGUGGGCAGUAUCAAUGGUUGCCACAUUAGAGUAAAACUCCCGUCUGUCGAUUCUCAGUGUUACACCAAUCGGAAACUGUUUCCAUCAAUCCAAUUACAGGCAGUCUGUGACCAUCAGGGCAAGUACAUGGCCAUUUUCACCGGCUACCCAGGAUCUGUCCAUGACUCAAGGGUAUUGAAAAACAGCCCAAUAUACACCAGGCAGCUGUAUCCACCCCAAGGUUUUUAUAUCUUUGGGGACAGUGGGUACCCUUGUCUCUCUGCCCCCAUCACCCUUAUCACUCCCUACAAGGAGCCAGUCCUCCUGGCAACAGCCCGAUGGUUCAACCAUCACCACACCAAGGCAAGGUCCAUCAUCGAGUGCUCGUUUGGCAGCAUGAAAACUCGCUGGAGAGCGAUUUUCUUGAAGGCACUGGAGGUAAAACCAACCUUCUCACCAGAUGUCAUCGCCUGUCGCACCAUACUCCACAACAUUUGCCUGUCAAACGGUGACAUUAUGGAGCCAGCAGAGAAGGUCCUCAGGCCUGAUGAUAAUGUGGAUGAGCCACAUCACCACCUGGAUCAGCAAAGUGGGGAGCACAUCAGGGAAUGCUUGGCAGCAGCUGUCUCUGCUCCUGAUGGUCCAGUGGCAGCUCUGGAGGACCACGAUAACUACUGA